CAUGGGCUUCAUUUAACUCCAAUAGUUAAUUUGACUAGUGGUCCUAUCCAAGGUAAAGUUACUGAAUAUGAAUCGCUUGGUGUUUACCAGUUUCUCGGUAUUCCUUAUGCAAAGCCACCGGUUGGUAAGUUGAGGUUACAGUUACCAGUUAAACCAGACCCAUGGACUGAGGUUAAAUCAGUGACUGACUUUGGUCCAGCAUGUCUCCAACCAACAAGUUUAAUUAACGUAAAAAGGACCAGCGAAGACUGUCUGUAUCUUAAUAUCUAUGUGACUGAAUCAACUUUUAAUAACUCAACAGAAAGACUACGACCAGUACUAUUUUGGAUUCAUGGAGGAGCUUUUACAACAGGAUCUGGCAAUGCUGACACUGAAGGAAUUCCAAUGGUCCCGUUACAUGAUGUUAUACUUGUUACUAUGAAUUAUCGUCUUAAUGCAUUCGGUUUCAUCUACUUUGGAGCCAACGAACCUCGAAUUCCUCCAAAUAUUGGUUUGCAAGAUCAACUAUUUGCUUUGAAAUGGGUCCAUGAAAAUAUUCAAAUGUUUGGUGGUGAUCCGAAUAGUGUGACAAUUUUUGGUGAAUCUGCUGGAUCUAUGUCAAUCUCUGCUCACCUAUUGUCCCCACUUUCCAAAGGGCUCUUCAAACGAGCUAUUCUUCAGUCAGGAACAGUUUAUAUAGACCAUGAUUUAGAUACCUUGAUUACUGAUUCUUGGAAACUCUAUAAUACUAGACUACUGUUGAUAACAGUGAAGUCUGAGCGUUACAUAUGACGAAAUUUUUAUUGUUUUAUUUAGAUUUUUUUCUUUACGUUUUUAUCUGUACGACAGAAUAGUUCGAUUUUCAGUUAAACCAGACACAUUUUGUGACCGCAAAGAUUAGAGAUCUGAAACUCAUUUUUCGUUCAAUGUUUGGUCCACAUGGUUGAUCAAACAGUAUUUUAUUAAGCUAACAAUCUAAUCUAUUGAUCGAUCUAAGAAUCAUAAUUGUAGAUUAUGCUAUUCUUGAAAUAUUAAGGUUAAAAGUUUUAGGCCGAUAGCCAAAAUCAAGCAAACUAUUGAUAAAUUGAAAAAGUUUUCGAUCCUUGAUAUGUAUCAACAGCUAUGGACAAAAUAAUAAGUUUCAGCUCAUUAUCUCUUACGCUCUCUUACAGAAUAGCGUAGGUUUAACUGAAAAUUAGAGGGAUGUUACACAGAAACAUAAUUUUAUCAAAAUAAGUGCCUUUUCUAGUUGACCACAUGAGUAAAAUAAUUUGCAUGAAAAUCUGGUUCCAUAAUUAAAAAAAGGCGAUCGCAGUUACUACUUUGGCCGCGAUUACCUCAAAAACUGCUAAUUGAAAGUUCGUUAUUAGAACUAAUGGACUCAGUUUUUAUGUGCUAACAAACCCAUAAAGUCCCAAAUCUUAACUCGAAAGGUGAAAUUCUUCCUUUAGUAUUUUUAAUAGAUUGACUCCUGUUUUUAUCCAAAAUAAUUAAUUUCGUAAAAGUGGGCCAAUCUCAACCAAAUUUUCGUCUGCAAUGCCCCAUGCCAUAGGGAUGCUAGAUAUAAAAUUUGGUUGAGAUUGGUUCAGUAGUUUUGGCUCUAGAGUGGGUAAUUUCCCCACGCUUUUCAUAAUAAAGCCUUCGCUUACGCUCAGACAAAAACAUGUUCAAAAUCAGAAGACGUUCUUGAAUGCAUGCAGAAUUUGACUACAAAGGAAAUUCUAGAUGGUCUGGAUAAUAGAGUAGUAGCAUUUACCUUCACAGUUGGUGACACAUUACUUCCAUACGAACCAUCCAAAAUUCUUGCAAAAGGACUAUACGAUAAUUCAGUUGACCUUUUACUGGGCGUUGAAAACAAUGAAGCUUCGAUGUUCAUGAAUGCUAUCGAUCCCAUAGCUUUCGAUUACUUUUCUCCUAAGCCAAUAUCUUUUCGUGAAGCUACAAACUUCUUGGAACGUAUUUUUGAUUCUAAAUCAAUUGACUAUUUCCGUGAACUCUACUUUGGCACAGAAACUAACAACUCAGAUUAUUUGCGAGCUCAACUCGAAAGAGCUUACAGUGACCUUUUAUUUGUUUGUCCGACUUAUAUCUUUGGGCAUCAAUAUGCUUCUAAUUUAGGUACAAAGGGUGGUAAAGUUUAUGCUUAUUUCCACACACAGAGACCAAAAGCUUAUCUUUCUUUUUUUAACGAAUGGAUGGGAACAUUUCAUUCAUCUGAUAUUCCAUAUGUUUUCGGUUUACCUCUGAUAAAGUCUGGUUAUUCACAGAAAGAUAUUUCAUUGAGUCGUGAAAUGAUGAAAAUCUGGACUCAUUUCGCUGAAAAUGGUGAGCCUCCAAUGGCUGGUGAAACUAAAUGGAAACCAUUCCAAGAAAAGAUGUCAGCAAUGGUACUAAACAUAGAUGAUUGGGGAAAAACUGAAACGGAAAGAGUUGAAUUUUGUCGGAAAGAAUGGGAUUAUUUAUAUCCACACGUUAGUAAGAAAAGAAAUCAAAGUUCAUCAUUUUAAUUGUUAAUCCCAUAGCAAGUACCUAUGCAACAGGAAAACUCAAACUUUGAAUCAAAUUUUCUUUAUUGUCUUACCCGACAAAAAAUGUGC